AUGAAGGAUAUCCAAAAAAAAAGCUCAGUACGAAGACAAGUCACGAAUGAAGACGACGAGCGAUAUGGUGAUGACAGCCUGCAUGAACUUCCCAGGACAAUACCGAAUGUAAAUCCUUAUAACAGAAAUCGAGGGUUCAGACCAUCUUAUUCUUCUCAAGUUCCUUCGACGAGAAGCUUAUUUAACAACUAUUAUAAUCUUUCAAGUGCUAAUACAGUGGGAAAUGACACAAUAGAUACUGAUAGCGUUAGUUACAACGGCGUUGCAAAAUUUCGAAGAAAUAGCGUAGAUAUACCACUACAAACACAUAAUAGACUGGAAGUACAACCUAUAAUAGACAGGCAAGACUAUUUAUGGAGAAGAAUAAAUGCCCUGAAUGACGUGAAAAGACAGGCACAGGCAACGGAGUUGUAUGAUCAGUUCCCACAAGGGUUCGAGAACAAACUGAUGCAGUUAAGACAAGCACACAGUAAACUUCUUCAAGUCUUGAGAGAUCGUAAUGCUAAGAUAGAAGAAGAGCAACGUCGUGAAGUAGCAGUGGCAACUGCUGCUGCAAUGAUGACUAGAACGCCGUCACCCACUGGAAAAUCCUUGGGAGAUGAAGCUACCAGCAACAAUAUGCACAGUAGCAGCGCAAUUAGGAAUGCAAAUGGGCCCACUGUUGAUCCUGAAGAGGGAAAGUAUGUUCAAGAGCUAGUGGAUACAAUAAGGGAAUUACAAUAG